AUGGGCCGACACUCCAAAGCAACUACUGCACGUCUUGGGAACCUCAACCACCCUAGAAGGUCCUAUAAACCCACUGUAGAAGAUGUGAGCGAGUCAGAAGAUGAAGAUUACAUCCCUACCAGCAACAGGCAGCCACUCCUCAAAGAAGGCUUCUUCUUCCUGGAUGAAGACUUGGAUUCAGACUCGGACUGGGACCCAGAGGAUGAGGAGGAGGUGGAGGUUGAUGAGGAAGAACUAGAGGGGCUGAAGAAUGAGAGCGACAUUCAUCAGUUCGCAGCUGUUCUCUGUGAAGCUCAAGCUCUUGCUGUAAAGGCUGAACGUGAAGCAGCAGCUGAUAAGCCCAACCGCCCAAAGCACUACACUGGGAACUCGAAACGAAGCCAGCGGCUCCAUGCCUUCAAUCGGAAGAAGUUAGCAGCAGCUGGACAACAAUUUAUUAAUUCCUGGUUCACAGUAGCCAAAAAGACAGUCUCCGAGGAUGAAUCUGGUUCAGACUCAGACUCAUCACCUGAAGACCCACCCACCGAAGAUGUUGAGGCAAGCAUGGGCCGGCUCUUCCCUGAAAGAGAUGAAUUGAGCAAUGAAAUGAACCCGGGGCCGUUGCAUGACACUACAGGCACCCAGAGUGACACACGAGUGAGAUCUGCAAAGGAGGAAGUCGAAGAGCUCCUGAAGCAGUUGCGGAACGGAUGUCGCCCUUCGGAUGACAGCCCUGAGACAAGGACUGAUGUCCUGUUGAAUGGAUUAUGCUACAAGGACUUUCCUAUGCUGCGUCGUGCACUCGCAAAACUCACCGUCAAGAGCAAAGACAAGAAGCUUGAUGUGUUCUUCCGAAGCCGAAUUACAGGGAUGGUUGCGACAUUGAAUCUUUAUCUCGAUUCACAGCUCUCAUAUACAUGGCGGGAGGCUUCCCUGAUUGCAGCAAAAGCUGCAGGACGAGGACCCAAUCACGCACGCAACCUACGAAAGUGGAUCUGUCAGUUUUUGAAAUCUGGGAAACUGCCCCUUCACCGAUAUGGCUCCUACAACUCCUCAAUCCUCGAUGAUGAAGACUUUGCCCGGGAUAUCCAGCUACACUUGACAGAAAAGGCAAAAGAUGGCUACAUCCGGGCACAGGACAUUGUUGACUACGUUGCCACAAAGGAUGUCCAGGAGCGGCUUGGGGUGAAGGCACGAGGAAUCACCGUUCGAACGGCUCGACGCUGGUUGAAGAAGCUGAACUGGCGAUAUACCCGCAAACGGAAUGGCAUGUACAUUGAUGGCCAUGAAAGGGAGGAUGUGGUUGCUUAUCGGAAAGCAUUCGUGUCACGCUGGCAGGAAUAUGAGAAGUGUUUCAUUAUUUAUGACAAUGAUGGCAACGUACUCUCUAAACCAGCUGGCUUCCCUGUCCCUCAAAUCGGCCGCUUCCGCUUGAUCCUGGUCACACACGAUGAAUCAACGUUCUAUGAAAACGACAGACGCAAGACAAAGUGGACCCACUUCCAAGAAAAGGCGACAACGGAGAGAAAAGGAGAGGGGCCAUUGAUCAUGGUGUCCGAAUUCUUAACACCUGAUUGGGGGCGGCUAAAAGACGGAGAUGACGAGGCACAUAUCCUCUUCAGAGCGGGGAAGAAUCGGGAUGGUUACUUCGACAAUGACGAUCUGAUCAGUCAAGUGGAUCAUGCUAUUGACAUUUUUGAGGGACUCACCAAUGGCUUUGCAACUGGUCUUUUCCUGUUUGACAAUGCACUGAGUCACCAAAAGCGGGCAAUGGAUGCCCUCUCUGCUCGGAAAAUGCCCAAAAAUGCCCAUGCAACAUGGACACAUCACAAAGAUGGCCCAAAGAUGAGGACCACCUGCUUCGGUGAGCACAGCACUAUCCAAGACUUCUAUUACCCAGAUGAUCACCCCACCAUGCCGGGCUGGUUUAAAGGGAUGGAGAAUAUUAUCCGGGAGCGCAGUCUGUGGCCACAGCGGGGGCUCAACGCGCAGUGUGAGGGGUUCAAGUACCUUGGUCUUUCCGCUCCCGCUGUAUCUCCGAGCGUAUCCCCACACGACGAACUGGCGCCUACGCUUAGAAGCCACUCAAAAGCACCUGCCGUGACUGUUGACUUGCCGAUACCGCCAGUAGAAACGCCCAAACAGGACGCUUCCCGCCAACGUUCUCCGUCACCACUGUCUCCCCUGACCUCGCUAGAGGAACACUCACUGCAUCUGUUGACACCCUCCGUGACACAUCCGCCCCCUCCGCCCCCUCCGCUUCAACUGUCAGAGUCGGCAGAAACUGAUUCUACACUUGUGGGCCCCACCCACGAACGACUAGACAUCUCUGUGCGCAGUUGGGAGUCUGACUCUGAUUCCGAAAUCUUGACCGCAUACAUUCACUCAAAAACCGCAUACAACCGUACCGUGAUGGCGCCCAACAAAGAAGCGACUGUGGAACAUCCAGUAGUCAAACACUGCCCUGUUCUGACUGCCGGCGAGUUAUCCCCAAAGGCCGCAAUGGAGCUGGACAAUGCCUUUCAAGACUUCUUCACCGCGUGUGGCCGUUCCAAGACAAUUGCAGAAGAAGAAAAGGUACCACUCAUCUUGUCCACCUUCAAGGACUUGCACAUCCGUGACUGGAUCGCAUCUGACCGUGAACGUCUCCUCGGUCUCACUUACAACACGUUCAUGAAGGAACUGCGAGCGAAUUACCUGCCCACCGACUGGAUCGAGAACGUACGCAAUGAAAUCUUGGGCAACCGCCAGCAGAAGAACGAGCCGUUUUGGGCCUGGACACAGAAGAUGAAGGCAGUCAACAUCCUCUUACGAGGAACGACGUCUCACUUCAACGACGACCAAUUACGCCAGCAGCUCGAAGGACUGAUGGAUGCCGAACUCCGUAAAGCCGCCGCCCGAAAGGGAAUUAACACGAAGACCAUGUUAAAAGACUGGAUCAAAGCCGUUAAGAACUUGGACGAAGAGUACGCGUACGACCGGAAGAGGUACAGGGACGCCUUUGAGGAGGACCAACGCAGUUCGAAGCGUGUCGCCCUGUCAGGAAACACAGGGAACACAGCGCCCCGAUCCUCCUCCAACAAGGCAUCCACCUCGACUGGACGUGCGCAGACCGGAGGCAAAUGGAAGAAGCUACCGAAGCUGGAGCAGUCGGAGAAAGACCUCCUCGAAGAAUACGAGGGCUGCUGGAAGUGCCAUCAAUUUUUUGCAUACCACGGCACAUGCUCCUGCCCAAACGAAUUUCUGCCCGGCAACGGGUACCACACCCUCACGCUCAGCGAUGUUCAGAAGCACCCGAAAUACAACGCCUACAUGGAAAAGAAAGGAAAAGCAAAGACAGUAGCUGCCGUCACCGACGUGAACAAGUCCGACGACGAGGAUGACGCGGUUGCAGCCACCAUGAGCUCCGCACUCGGAAACGGCACCCAUUCCGAGGUGGAGCACGGUGACAGUGAUGUGAGUCCGCCGUUCCGUUCAAAGCACAUCGUGUGGCGAGCGACACUGACGGGCCCUCGGGCUGAAUUUCCAGUGAAAGUGUCCACCCUCAUAGACAAUGGGGCGCACUUGGUGCUCAUCCGCCCCGAGCUAGUAGAUUCACUUGGCCUAGAACGUCUGAAGCUUCCCGUACCCGAAACCGUCGACGUCGCUAUCAAAAGCUUGAAAGAAAAGAGGAAAAUUGAAUUAGAUGAGUUUGUAAAAAUUACUGUAACAUCACUGGAUGGUUGUUGGACAUCACGCACUGUUCACGCCAUCAUCGCCCCGGGACUCUGUAUGCCGAUUAUACUAGGUUUGCCGUUCUUAAUACAUAAUGACAUUGUCACCGACCACGCAAACCGUUCCUGCAUUGACAAAAAAACGGGUUAUAACUUAAUGAACCCAGACCCCUUGCCACCUCACAAACCAAAGCCGUUAUCACCGAAACAAAAGCGCAGAGAGUUUGAUAAAGAGGUGGAGAAAGUCAAGUUGAUCAAGAAGACGACGCUCGCAGAAUUAUGCACGGUCAUACGAGAAAGAAUCACUGUGCCAGACGAACCUUCAGGUGAAUUGUGCGCCCAUGCAGUAGCUGCGGUAAAAGAGCGAGUAGAAAUACUGGCUAACUGGGAGACGCUGCUGCAAAAGAUGCAGGAACACGAGCGUCUCCUGAAAGAGGAAUUCCUCGAUGUAUUUAAACCGAUUCCGCAUGUAGACGAACUGCCUACGGAAUUUCUCUCAGAAAUUCACUUGAAAGACGCUACGAAGAACGUCAAAAGUCGGACGUACGCCUGCCCUAGAAAAUACAAGGGAUCGUGGCAAACCUUGAUUAAACAACACUUAGACGCGGGCCGCAUCAGACCCUCUUCCUCACGCUAUGCAUCCCCUGCCUUUAUUAUCCCCAAGGCAGAUCCAACCGCGCUCCCUCGUUGGGUAAACGACUACCGUGACCUCAAUGCGAACACCGUCGAAGACAGCCAUCCUAUUCCGCGCCAGGAUGACAUCUUGGCAGAUUGCUCGAAAGGUGUGUUCUUCGUGCAGAUCGACAUGACAAACUCGUUCUUCCAGACGCCCAUGCACCCGGACCACAUACACCUGACUGCAGUAACGACCCCCUUCGGAUUGUACGAAUGGACAGUGAUGCCCAUGGGACUUCGUAACGCACCUGCAAUCCACCAACGCCGAGUCACCCAUGCACUCCGGGAAUGCAUCGGCAGGAUCUGCCACAUCUACCUUGACGACAUCGUCAUAUGGUCCCAGACCCUCGAAGAACAUGUCCGCAACAUGACCAUGAAAGAUUGCGACAAAGACUUCCCGCCAUGGACCGAAAAAGAACAGGCCGCCUUCGACGCAAUAAAAGCGAUUGUUGUGAGUCGCGACUGCCUUACCUCAAUUGACUACGCAAAGAUGCCAGACAACAAAAUCUUUGUGACAACGGACGCCAGCGAAACACGGUCGGGGGCAGUGCUCUCCUUCGGGAAGUCAUGGGAGACCGCUCGCCCAGUUGCCUUUGACUCGAUGACCUUCAAGGGCGCGGAGCUCAACUACCCUGUCCACGAAAAAGAACUACUGGCCAUUAUCCGUGCCUUGAAGAAGUGGCGGUCAGAUUUAUUGGGUGUUCCAUUUCUCAUAUAUUCUGACCACAGAACCUUGGAGAACUUUCAACGACAGAAGGACUUAUCCCGCCGUCAAGCGAGGUGGAUGGAAUUCAUGUCCCAAUAUGACUUCAAGAUAAUCUAUGUACAAGGCGAGGCCAACUCCGUUGCAGACGCGCUGUCAAGGCUACCUACGGAAUCGACCAAGAGCAGCACACGAGCGGAACGAGAAGCACUGGGCCCUUGGGACGUGGACCCAGAAGACGAACUGUGUAUCGUUAUGGAACGACCGCUGACCUCGCCAUGCGACAUGGCCGAAGGACUCGGAUACAAGCUGGACCCGUGGACCGAAAAACUACGCUCCGCGAAGGACGGAAUGAACGGGAUCGCAGAAAAAGACGGCUUGUGGUUUGAUUACGGACGUCGACGAGGACCAUUCAACCGUGCAAACUCACCAAAUAUGUUCCCGGUAUUCCAUACAUCUCAAGUCAAACCUUUUACGGAAAACGACGCCACACUGUUCCCGUCUCGGGAGUUCGAAAAGCCUCCGCCAAUCGUUACCGAGAAUGGUGAAGAAUAUUACAUCCGAGACAUAAUCGACGAACGACGGCGCGGACGCGGUUGGCAAUACAAAGUCCGCUGGGAAGGCUAUGCACCGGAAGACGAGAACUGGAAGACACCGAAGCGCUGGACGUUUGGUUAG